UGACCCAACAAACAAAACUUCUUUUCUCAAUAUGCAGUUUCCUUCUCAAACAUCCUCUCACCAGCUCAAGGAAGACAACACAACUCAAUCAAGUCCUCCAGAUGAACAACAUCCUCGUCAACAAGAGAUUCUUAUGCAGGAACCAGCUCUGGCUACUCCCGAAAGAUCCACCGUCGAGGCUGGGCCAAAAGAGGGUGAUGAACUUGAAAAUGCGAAAGCCGAAAUGGGUGAAGUGAUAGAAGAAAACCAAAGAUUAAAGAUGCGUUUGAACAGAAUACUAAAUGAUUACCGAACACUGCAAAUGCAAUUCCAGAGUAUAGUUGAAGAAGAGAAAGCGAAGAAUGAUGGUGAAGAUGAAGAAGCGAUGGAGGAAUCAGAACUGGUUUCCCUGAGUCUUGGAAGAAUUGGAAUUCCAAGAAGCAACGAGAAAGGGAAAGUCCCUAAAACAUUGAAAGAGGAAGAAGAUAAAGAAGGGUUGUCCCUUGGAUUGGAGUGGAAGUUGGAAACAUCAAAAUCUGGAAGCCCUAGCAAUAGUGUUGAAGAAGUGGUAAAAGAAGAAGGUGGUGGAGAAAGCAAGGGACAGAAGACAAAUAGAGAUGAGAUUGGUGAGCAAAACCCUGCCAAGAAAGCAAGAGUUUGUGUGAGAGCAAGAUGCGACACCCCAACUUUGAACGAUGGAUGUCAAUGGAGGAAAUAUGGGCAGAAGAUUUCAAAGGGAAAUCCUUGUCCUCGAGCUUAUUAUCGUUGCACAGUUGCACCAUCAUGCCCAGUGAGAAAACAGGUACAAAGAUGUGCUCAAGACAUGUCGAUAUUAAUCACCACCUACGAAGGAAUCCACAACCACCCUCUUCCUCUUUCUGCAACGGCCAUGGCUUCCACCACUUCCGCAGCUGCUUCCAUGCUAUUGUCUGGAUCAAGAACUUCUCCAAACAUCACUACCACUGCUGCAGAUCUUCAUGGAAUCAACUUUUCCCUCUCAGAUUCUUCCCAACCAAACCAAUACUACCUUUCUCAUCCUUCACUCUCAUCUUCACCUUCACAUCCCACCAUCACUCUCGACCUCACUUCCAAUCCAUCAUCCUCUUCACCUCCUUUUGUCAAAUUCACUUCAAAUUCAAACUACAACCCUCACAGGUACCCUCCUUCCACAAGCCUCAGCUUCACUUCCUCCCAAUCUAACACAACUUCUUGGACCAACGGCUUUUUCACCUACAACAAUCAACCAUAUAAUAACAACAGGAAUACCAAUGCCAAUGUCAAUGUCCUUGGCAACAUAAACCUUGGUAAACAACAACCUAUGGAGAACAUCUACAGUUCCUUCAUGCAAAGGAACAACAAUUCAAUCCCUCCUCUGCCGGACACCAUAGCUGCAGCAACGAAAGUAAUCACUGCAGACCCUAAUUUUCAGUCAGCUUUGGCAGCGGCACUUUCUUCAGUUAUUGGCUCAGGAAGCAUUCAGGGAAACCAAGGUACUGUAGAAAAUCUGAUUCAGAAAAUAAAGUGGGGUGAAUUGCUUCCACCUUCAUCUUCAAAAGUCAAUGGGUGUGCUUCAAGCUUCUUGAACAAAUCACCAGCUAAUUCACAAGCAGGAAGUUUGAUGUUUCUUCAACCACCUUUGCCACUUUCUAGCCCCAAAAGCGCUUCUGGGUCCCCCGGAGAUCACAGAGACAAGAAAAAUUAGUGAUUGGGGCGUUUGAAGAAUGAAAGUUCUAACCUACAUGGGAAGGCCAUGAUUCAAAAGCUUCUGUUUAAACCUGUGUUUUAGUUUAUGGAAAAUGAUAUAUUGACACCAAUUUUUGACAUCAUUUUGACACUGUACACGUGUCAAAAUGUG